AUGGGUAUUACCGGGCUAUGGAAGAUUCUGGAGCCAACAAGCACAGAAAUCCCACUAGAAUGUCUUGAAGGCAAAAAGCUAGCUGUAGACGUCAGUAUUUGGAUCUAUCAGGCCCAAACAGCGUAUCCAUCAGACCAACCCUAUCCUCAUAUCCGAUUACUAAUCAAUCGUCUGUGUAAGCUACUAUAUUACAAAAUUCGACCCGUGUUUGUUUUUGAUGGUCCCGAAGUCCCAGCACUAAAGAAAACCAUUUUGGAAUCUAGGCGAUUGAAAAAAAUUCGCAAUGAUGAUAUACUCAGCAAUUCCAAAAAGAUGCACCAUUUGAAGCAAAUCGCCGCCGGAGAACUCAACGAGGACGAAUUUCAGAAAAGUCUGAAAACUGUUAUCAGUCCUUCGAAGCGAACAGUUCUCAACGAUAUUUAUAAGGAUGUCCCAACAAGUUCUAUUGACACAACCCCUUCACAAGACAUGAUGGAUCGUCUGUACGUUGAAGAAUCUUCCGAUGAAGAUGACGAAGUCAUUUUUGUGAAUCCUGAUAGGCCGAUCAAAGAAGAUCUCGAAAGCAUUCCAAGCACCUCGGAAUCAUUACCAGAAUCGUUCUACGAAUCCGUCACAAUGGCAACUUCGAAGCGGUCUCAUCGCGAAAAUAUUGACAGAUUAGUGGAGCAACGGGAGCGAAUGCGAAAAACGCGACUGAACCCGUCGAUGAUUCCGAGUGAUUCCAAUGAUUUCAGCAAAUUUCAAUUGCAGCGCAUAUUGAAGCGAGGUAGACUGAAUGCCGAAAUCGAUAAAAUGGCAAAACCAUCUUUCGGAGCAACCGGAAACGAGCGGAUCAAUGUAACUGGGCCAGAUGGAACACAGCAUAUUCUUAAAUAUGCCAACAGCGAUGAGAUUCAAGUUAUUGAUCAGGAAAAGCCUAAGAGAGACAUUAAUAUCUACCAGGAAGCUGAUAAAGGCACUUCAAAAGAUAGCCGAAUUGAACUAAGUUUGGAUUUAUUCUCGUCAGUAUAUUGUGAUUCCAAAGAAGACGUUACGGUGAAAUCGGAACCGAUUGAAUUUAAAUUUGAAAAGAAGUCGACGUCUUCAACAGAUGCCGAAUAUCAUAGCAAAUCUGGGCUUUUAGAAGCUAUUGCAAGGAAACGAAUCAAAUUACAUUAUGAUGAAACUAAGCAUCAGAAGGACGACGAUGAAAGCAGCGAUGAUUCAUUCAUAGAUGUAAGCGAUGAUGAGCAAACCAUAAAGGCGAUCAUCGAUUCAACGUCGAAAUCGCAGAGAAAUUUUGAAAAAACUCCGGAAAAGGAUCAACAAGAAGAAGGAGAAGAAGAAGAAUGGGAUCCACAACGAUAUGAUAAAAUUGAAGGAAAUGAAAAACCACGAGAAGAUUAUGUUCGCCUCGAUUUCGAAGAAGACGCACACACGCCAGAAUUGUAUCGCGAUCUUCAAGAAUUUCUAACAAACUGCGGAAUUCCGUGGAUCGAAGCGCCUGGUGAAGCCGAGGCUCAAUGUGUUGAGCUUGAACGUCUUGGCUUAGUCGAUGGAAUCAUUAGCGAUGACAGCGAUGUUUGGGCGUUCGGAGCUCGUCACGUGUAUCGACACAUGUUCGCGAAAAACAAGCGGGUUCAACGAUACGGGAUCAAGUCGACAAAAAACGCAAACAGCAAUUUGUUUUGCCUCCAACGCGAAGAUUACAUUAGCAUCGCGAUUUUGUCGGGCGCCGACUAUUCAGCGGGAUUGAAUAAAGUCGGCGCGGUCGGCGCUUUAGAAUUGAUUUCCGAGUUUGUCGAAAAACGAAAUGGCGACAAUGAUGAAUUGCGGGUUGUCGAACAAAGGAUCCUGACGCUUCUUGAUAAGGUUAGAAAGACGUUUAUAUGUUCGGCUGAAGAAUUACCAUCGUUGAAUGUUAGUCGAGAGAUCGUGAUUCUACGUCGUCAUGUUCAGGAGAGCAACGACAGCGAUGCUAUUGAAUCGAUUUGCUCUAACAAAGAUGCUAUACGGGCGUAUUUGCAUCCAACUGUCGAUAAAUCAACAGAAGUUUUCAAAUGGCGUCGUGUGAGCAUUGAGCUGAUUCGUCAAAUUCUCAACCAAAAGCUGAAUUGGCCAGAGGAAGGAAAGUACGAGGAGAAAAACACCAUAGACGCACUAGAACGAUGGAAUGAGUUCCUGGCAAAAGGCGGAAAAUCGCAGCAUCGUCUUGACGCAUUCUUCGCUCAACCUUAUGAUACUACGCUGACAUUGGCGUAUUCAAAGAAGGUCACCGACGCACUAACAAAGAUAUCGAAGAAAUCUCAAGGUGUGUACAUGGCACCAAAGGAAGCUGAAAUUGAUAAAAAGAAGGCGGAAAACGCUGCGUGGCAAGAAAGAAGCGGCGGCACGAAAACCACCGGCAAAAUUAGUGCUUUCCGAAGAAAGCUCAGAUGA